AUGGGCUGGCCAGCAAUCCGACUCUGCUCUGCUCUGUCAGGUGUAGGGGAAGGACAACAUAUACGUACAUACAAGAGGAAGCUUUCCAUUUUCUUUCUCGACCAUUCCAAUACUCUGUUUUUCUGCGUAAGAGAGGAGCUUUACUCUGUUUUUCUGCGUAAGAGAAGAGCUCAACAUGCCAUUCACCGCCACUCUGGGAGCUGGGUUGAACGUAUGGAUGGGAAAGUUUUAUCUAUAGUAGGAGUUUACGUUGGAUGGAUAGUCCCCGUCAUUAUCACGUUCCAUGAGGAGCGUUAUCCUUGGUUAAAGUGGACCAACGGUUUUGUUGGAGGAUUCCUUUACCUGGAUGUAAUGAUUAAAUUUAACACAGCAUACAUGGACAAAAACACCCGUUUGUUAGUUUUCCAUCGUCGCAUGGUUGUUCUUACUUAUCUGAAAUCUUGGUUUUUUUUCGACUUCAUCUCUGCCUCUGCUGCUGUUACUAGCGCCUCUGUACCAGUCUUCUCGAGGUUGAAAGUUGAGUCUUUUCCACCGCAAGAAGAUAUAAUACUACGUAAUGAGAUGCCUGAGACCUUCUUCAUACUAGUCGAUGGUGAUGUGGUAGGUUUGGAAAUUGUGAUAACCCAAGCUAAUGGAACUAAAACAACCGUGACAGAAACCAUAGCUCCUGGUUACAUUUGUGGCGAUAUUGGUGUGUUGUUGAACAGGCUGCAGCCUUUUACUAUUAGAACAACGGUAACGACCACUUUAUUGAAGGUAAAGAGUAAACGUUUCUUAAAAUUCAUUCAAUCCUACUUGGAAGAUGCAGAGAACUUAUCAGCAAGGGAAACCAUAAAGGAAAGUAUACUGGAUAUGGAUGGAAAGUUAACUUGUGGUAAGAUGGACCUACCGUUGAGUCUUUGUUGUGCUGCAUCUAUGGGAUAUGAUUCAUUAUUAGAACAAUUGCUGAAAUGGGGCUGGGAUAAAGAUAAAUUGGACGAGAGAGGAGACACAGCUUUAAAUGCAGCAGCCUCAAAAGGAAACAUGAAUUGUGUCAGUACUUUGUUGACACACGGAGCUGAUCCGAACCUCAGAGAUGCUCAUGGUAACGUACCCUUGUGGGGAGCUCUGAUGGGUGGACAUGCACUUGUGCAAGAACUCUUGUCUAGUGCCGGAGCUAACUUGCAAAAUGGUGACCUCGGUCAAUAUAAAGAAAAUGCAAGUGGAAAUAGAAAUUUGUUGAUAGCCAUAGCUGCUGAGAUUAGCCGUAGACAUAGUUAUGACAAUUCUAAUCUUGCAGAUCAAUGA